AUACCAUCUAGUCAGCAGCUUACACUAUAUUGCCAAAAGUAUUUGGACCCCCCCCUCCAAAUCAUUGGAUUCAGGUGUUCCAAUAGGCAUGCAGAUUGCUUCUACAAACAUUUGUGAAAGAAUGGGUUGCUCUCAGGAGCACAGCAAAUUCAAGCAUGGUACCGUGAUAGGUUGCCACCUGUGCACUAAGUCCAUCCGUAAAAUUUCCUUGCUACUAAAUAUUCCACGGUCAACUGUUAGUGGUAUUAUAAUAAAGUGGAAGCAAAUGGGAACAACAGCCACUCAGCCCGGCACUGGACACUAGAGCAGUGGAGACAUGUUCUCUGAAGUGCCGAAUCACGCUUCUCUGUCUGGCAAAUUGAUGGAUGUGUCUGGGUUUGGUGGUUGCCAGGA